GAGAGAGAGAGAGAGAGAGAGAGAGACACAAAAGGAGCGCACGAGACCAGUGAGUAAACUCCGCAGCUGUGCGCAUAGUCAGCGCUCCUCGCGCUGUGCCGGAAAAAAAGCGCAAAGAAAGUUUCCUUGUCAGAAACCCGACGGUUCUGGUUGACUGCUUACAAUCAAAAGCAGGAGUAUUGUCAUUCAAGAAGUUUAAGGAAACGUACAAGGAGUGGAUCUACAGUAGAGAUGGAGUUGUUCUCGGCUGUGUUGCUUUGCCUUCACCUCGUCAUGGCUGUUGAAGGUAACACUGAAUACCACGCCCACCCGCUCAGUGUCUCAGUGCCGUACGUCUCCUACAUUUGCCCGGAAGGUGCCAACGUCACAAUGGUAUGUGAACAGUCCGGCGCUCUGGAGCAUCCAACUGACCGACUACAGCACGUCUGGCUCUUCACGCCACACAUGGACCAGCGGUGUCACGAUCGCCUGCAACACAGCAACUCUGUAGUGCACGGAGCUCAGGCCACGUCCUUCAGUGUCACGCUGCUGGGUGUGACACAGGCCAGCCAAGGACGCUACUGCUGCCUGGCACUGGACGUGCUGCAGGAAAGCAAGCACAAGCCAGUUGUGCAGCAGCGGGCACACAGCCACAUGAUGCUUACCAUCACACCACGUCGCAACAACAGUCUGAAGUGCACACAGUUGCAAUCACCACCUCCCCAAGGUACAGUGGCUGCAGGUCUGGCUACAGCUGCAUGCAUUAUGGGUAUUUUGUGUCUUCCUGUCUUACUGGUCCUGGUGUACCGCCAAAGACAAAGAACCCACAGCAGCCGACGUGCACACGAGCUAGUUCGCAUGGACAGUGAGGCUCACGGCCACGAGAACCCUGUGUACAUGGGAGGUUCUCCACAGCCAACAUCUCGCACCGUGGCUCAGAUUCUGACGCGCCAGACGUCUGAAACGGGACGCCACCUUCUGGCCGACCCUGGCACCCCCUUUAGCCCAAACCCACAGGGAGACGUAUUUUUCCCUGCGCAUGAGCCCAUCCCAGAGUCACCUGACUUCCAGGGGUUUUAGGAUGGAGAGACAUUUCUCAGCUCCCCUGAAAUGCCUUGCACUUGUCUUUUUCUCCAUCUUCUCCGCCUCCCUCCGUCGUCCCAGCUUUCUCUAUGACCCGGAGGAGAAGGAGAGAACACCCACCUUCUCCGUCUACACACACACAUGCACACAUUUUCCACCUGUAUCAAUAGCCAGGGGCCAGGAGGAGCUCAUCUCACUUUGUGGUAUGGGAACGCUUUUUCGCAGACAGACCGGAAUGUUCCACGACGGAGGGGAAUGGGGGGCAGUUUCAGAAGGAGGUGUUGCUCCGCCCACUGAUAAGCAGAGCCACUGAGAGAACCCACUCUUGCACGUUCAAAUUGUUUUCUUCUCUUGUCUUGUCUUUUCUUCUGAACAUUGAGACGGAAACUGCUCUGUUCCCCGUCGGUCUCCAUCUGUCUGGUGCUUUUUGUGUAGCACAUGUGUAUGUGAUGUGCCAGUGUGUCAGAGAUCACACCCCUAAUGCGUAUUUUUACUUUUUUAUGCUCAUUAGGUCAUACUAUUAUGACUGCCAGAGAAAACUCAAGAAGUUCACUUAGCUUUACGAUACUGAAUAAAUAUUUUUGGGUUUAUAAAGGUUAUAUAUAUAUUUUAUAUAUUGUAAUGUGUGUGUGUGUGUGUGUGUGUGUGUGUGUGUGUGUGUGUGUGUGUGUGAGAGAGAGAGAGAGAAACCUUCAGCUGGGCCUGAAUCAAACUCCCAACAAUAAAAAGUUAUUGCGAUACUGUGUGGAUGGUUGGAUAGAUUAUGAAUAGAUAGAUAUAUGUAUUAGUGUAUGUAUAUAUUGAUGUAUAUAUGGAUGAAUGGAUAGAUGGAUGGAUACAGAUACAUAAUAAACAGAAGUCUAUUUGUCCCCAUAUGUGGGACAACAAGAAUUUUAUUCUGCAAUUGUGUUUGUAUAUGACUAUCUGUAAAACGCCUUAAGUAUCAUGUUGUGUAAUGCAAUACAACUGCUGUAAAAAAAAAAAAAAAAGUAUAUAUUUGUUCUCUUUUU